AUGGCGACUCUUGGGCCGGCGGUUUCAUCUCUGCGAUCGUCUCUCUCCCUCCUCGAAUCCAGUAUUUCCAUCCUCGACGAAGGUGUAUCCGACUUCCCCAGGCUGUGCAAGGUCCUACAAACACAACAGCACUUUGAACUUCUUCCCGAACCUACACUUCAGGAGGCGCAGCAAUCGCUGGUCGACGAGAUUGUCCCAGCUAUCAACCAGCUCCUCUCGACUGCAGAGAACUACAUCAACCAGCUUGGCCGGAAAGAAGAGAAUCUGAAGGCCCGAUCAGAAUUGCUUGAGGGCAGAUUGCACAACAACAGACGGAGGACUUCGAGUUUCGGAAGUAACACGGAAGUUCUACGAUCCGGCAAGUCUGCACAAUCCGCAACGCCCCUCAGCGAUGGUAGAAUGCUAGAGAUGAAACGCCUACAGCAGAAGAAAGAGAGGCUGCAAUAUGCCAUUGAAAGAUUAGAAUUGCAAAGCAAGCAAAGAGAGCGAGAAUUGAGGAAGAGCAUGGCUAUUGUGAGGGAAUGA